AUGUCCAAGGCCGCCAAGAAGAAGUCCUCCAAGAAGCGCUCGGGAUCCGAGGCCGCCCAAUUCGACCAGAAGACCAUCCAGGAGUUCAAGGAGGCUUUCGGUAUCAUGGACCAGAACAAGGACGGAGUCAUCGACAAGUCCGAUCUCAAGGAUCUCUACGCUUCCAUGGGACAAAUCGCCCCAGACAGCCAGAUCGACGCCAUGAUCAAGGAGGCUUCCGGACCAAUCAACUUCACCGUCUUCCUCACCCUCUUCGGAGAGCGAUUGACCGGAACUGACCCAGAGGCCACCAUCGUCGGAGCCUUCGCUAUGUUCGACAAGAAGGACUGUGGAAAGAUCAAGGAGGACGAGCUCAUCAAGAUCCUUCAAAACAAGAGAGGAGAGCCACUGGACGAGGACGAGAUCAAGGCCAUGUAUAAGGGAAAGCCACCAAUCGAGGGAGGAGAGGUCGACUACAAGGCCUUCGCCCAUCUUAUCACCACCGGAGCCCAAGACGAGCUCGCCAGCGCCUAA